CUUCCGUUUCAACAAAAGUGCUCAAUUUUCGUCAUGCAAACAAAAUAUUUAAUAAAACAUUUCAUUAUUAUUUGUAACAUUUGCAUUGUAGAUGUAUAAAAAGUUUAUUUCCUCACCAGUUUGUAGAUUUAAUACACUAUUUUCUUUAUCAAAUUCGGUGACAACACGAAAUCUAUUGCGUUCUUCGACCGAUGCCUUCUAUAAUACGCGUGUUGAUUAUCCAACGAUUUACACAGUCACGGGCUUAUUUCAACUGUGCAGAAGAUAUACAUGUGAAACAAACAUGCCGAAGCUUCCACAUAAAAAGGAAAAGCUAAGGCAUAUCAAAAUUAAAGAGAAGACGGGUGGUCAAGUGGCUAAAACAAUUGAUAUUCAUGUUAUUGGCAGUGGUGGUGAUGGUAACCCACAAUCUGUAAUGAUAUCAACAUGCCAGUCAAGGUACAUGUUUAAUUGUGGUGAAGGAACUCAACGUAUUGCUAAUGAAUUUAGAAUGAAGACUUCAAAACUGGAAAACAUUUUCAUUACCCACAAGAGUUGGAAUAAUAUUGGAGGUCUACUGGGAAUGUGUUUAACAUUAGAAGGUCAAGCUCUAACUAAAACUACCAUACACGGACCUCCAAAUGUUGAAAAGAUAACCAGUAUGAAUAAAGGAUUAGGUGUACAGCAAGAUUUUAUUCUAAUGAAGAAAGAAAUUGAAGAAGGAUAUUUUGACGAUGAAUCGUUUACAAUUGAAUAUGUUCCAUUUUAUAGUGGAAACAAGAGUCCAAAUUCAGCAGAUGAAUCAGAACCAGCUAAUAAAAAACGUAAAAUGGAUAAUGUUGAUGUAUCUGUUGGUUAUAUCCUUACUCCUAAAGCAUGUAAAAGAUCUUUAUUACUAGAUAAAUGUGUAGAAGCUGGAGUUACACCGGGUCCUCUUUUUUCGCGAUUACAGAAAGGAGAAUCAAUAACAUUAGAGAAUGGAAAUGUUGUUCAUCCUGAUGAUGUUUUAAAACCACAUGAAGCUCAGAAAGCAAUUAUAAUUGUAGAAUGUGUUAGUAGUGAGUUUUUACCAUCAUUGAUGUCGAGGAAGGAAUUUGGACGGUAUACAGAUGACAAAGAUAGAACAGAUGAUGAUACAGCUGAAUUAGUUAUACAUCUGACACCUGUUGAAGUUUUACAGUCAUCACAAUAUCAACAAUGGAUAAAAAGUUUUGGAGAGAGCACACAACAUAUUAUAUUAAAUAGGUCAGCAUCUGAUGUUUGUCAUACUGCUGUGUAUAGACUACAAACUGUAUUAAAUUUGUUACAUCCACAAGUUUUCCCUUUAUUGCCCAGUCAAACUUCACCUAGACCUAUUAUAUCUCCAGAUAGUAAUAACAUUCAUCUAGCACAUACAAACCUCAUCUAUAGAUAUAGACCGUCUACAGGAUUUAUCACUGACCAAGGCCCAAAUUUAAACACAUCAAUAUUUGAGAAAGAGGCAAAAACAAAAGAGGAUGUUAUACCAUUAUUAAAAGAACUGAAAAGGAAAAUGAAAGAAGUAGAUACUACUAAAUAUAGUGAUAAACCGUAUCCAGAAGUUGUGUUUUUAGGAACUGGAGCAUCUAUGCCUUGUAAAGAUAGAAAUGUUAGCUGUAUAUUAGUUAGAUUAAAUAAAGAAAGUAAUGUUUUAUUAGAUUGUGGAGAGGGUUCAGCAGAUCAAAUCUAUAGACAUUAUGGUAGUGAAACUGAUAAUAUAUUGUGUAAUUUAAAAGGUGUUUUUAUUUCACAUAUGCAUUUGGAUCAUCAUCUAGGUGUUUUUAAUGUUGUUCAAAAACGUAAUAAAGCAUUUGAAAGAAAUGGAUUGCCUAAGACUCCUGUUUUAGUUAUAGCACCAGGAUUUAUGCAGAAAUGGAUUGAAUUUGUUGAUGAAAACCUAACACCUGUCUUGAAAGAUAUCAGAUUUAUACCAACCCAUAAGCUAACCUCAGCUGAACUAUGUAAUGACAGUAUGAAAUUAGUUCUAUCAAUGCUACAAUUACAAAAGUUCUUACCUGUAGAAGUUAAGCAUUGUAGACAUGCUUAUGGUGUAUGUAUAGAAUCAGAUGAAGUAAAAUUAGUUUAUUCUGGAGACACAAUGCCAUGUGAUAGGCUUGUUACAGCAGGUGCUGAUUGUGAUCUGUUAAUACAUGAAGCUACUAUGGAAGAUGAUUUGAUAGACGAUGCUAAAUUUAAAACUCACAGUACAACAUCACAGGCAAUUGAUGUGGGUGUAAGAAUGAAUGCCAAAUUUAUUCUCCUUAAUCAUUUUAGUCAGAGGUACUCAAAGGUACCUAACUUUAAUGAAAACUUUACUGAUCGAGUUGGCAUAUCUUUCGAUAAUAUGAGAGUGCGGUUGUGUGAUUUGCCUUUACUACCCCACUUUCUGCCUGUUCUAAAAGCCAUAUUUGCUGAUGAUAUUGCCGAAUUAAAAAUUAGAAGCUUCAGACGCAGUAUGAAAAAACAGCGUUUAAAAGAGGAAUUAAAUUCAACAAAGAGUAAUUCUAAAGUAAAGGGUGAUGAACUUAUUGAACAGAAUGUGACUGUUUGACGUGAAAGUGCUAAAUUGGACUAAUGAAUUGUGAUAGAUUGGUUAUGUUAUUUUUAAACCAGAAAGAAAUGUGUGGCUGAGUGAAUAAGAGAACUGUGCACUAUAAUAAACCCUGCUUUAAGAAAUAGAACUCUUAGAAAUCAUUGUCCUUUUAUUUGUUGAUUAUUUUUUUUACAAAGAAUUGCAAACCUUUAGUUUUCAUAAAGGGUUGGUAAGGAUUCUAUACAUACACUAAUAGUAUUGUCUGGAUAACCAUGUCUACAAACAAUAGGCUAUCAUAUUAAGGAAUUUCUGAAUGGCUCCAUAAUUUAAAUUGAAAACUUUAUGUAUUUGGUAUUUGACUUGCAUUCUUAAAACUCACUGUUAUGAUCAGAUACCCUUGAAAUCUGUGAUUUCACCUUUAAUAGCGAAAAACUGCAAAGUGACUGACUGAUAGUUCAGUAGUAGAUUUUAGAGCCACAGAGGAGGCAGACAGUAGCAAUGGGUGUUAACAAUCUUUCCUUCAAUUUAUGACACAUGAGAACUCUAAACAAAAGCAGUAUAUAGCAGUGCUUCUCUAUCUCGAUGGGCCCAGAACUGCAGAUCAUGAGGUAGAUUUGUCAUCCAGGCAUUGGCUGUCCAUAACAAAAAUGAAAACAAAAGGUUCUUGAAAUUGUACCCUUUUUGCAUAACUUAUAUAAAUAUAUUUAUAAUGAAAUGUAAUUUGAAUAAAUGAACAGUCAUC